AAAAAAAAAAUUCCAAAAAGCAAAAACAAAAAGAGAGAGGAGAAAAAACAAAAAAUCCAAAACCAAACAAACAAACAAGCAAGGCAGAACCAACCUCCACUUCACACCAGCCGGCACAGCCACCCGUGUCUUGCCUGCCACCCAGAGAGGGGGGUCUCCGGCCCCCGGUGGAGGAGUUGCAGGGACAGGGGGACAGAGGCCGAGCGACGCCCUGGGAGCCACCGGGCAGGAGGCGGAGGAGACCCGGAGAGGCGAGCGAGACAGCGGGCCCCCGCGCGCGGCGGCUCGGGGCUGGGGCGCCAGAAGUGGGACUGGAGCGAACUAGAGCGAUGCCAAGGAGGAAGCAGCAGGCACCCAAGCGGGCGGCAGGCUAUGCCCAGGAGGAACAGCUGAAGGAAGAGGAGGAAAUCAAAGAGGAAGAGGGGGAGGAGGAAGACAGUGGUUCGGGAGCUCAGCCUCAGGGCAGCAAUGACGCAGGGACAGACGAGGAGCUGGAAAUGGGCCCCGAGCAAAAGGGCUGCUUCAGCUACCAGAACUCUCCAGGAAGCCACCUGUCCAACCAGGACGCCGAGAACGAGUCCCUGCUGAGCGAUGCCAGCGAUCAGGUGUCAGACAUCAAGAGCGUGUGCGGCCGAGAUGCCUCGGAUAAGAAAGCCAGCGUGCACCCCAAGCUUCCAAACGAAGCCCACAGCUGCAUGGAUAAGAUGACCGCCGUCUACGCCAACAUCUUGUCCGAUUCCUACUGGUCGGGCCUGGGUCUCGGCUUCAAGCUGUCCAACAGCGAGAGGCGGAAUUGUGACACCCGAAACGGUGGCAACAAGACGGAUUUCGAUUGGCACCAAGACGCUCUGUCCAAAAGCCUGCAGCAGAACUUGCCCUCGAGGUCCGUGUCGAAGCCCAGCCUGUUCAGCUCGGUGCAGCUGUACCGGCAGAGCAGCAAAAUGUGCGGGACUGUUUUCACCGGGGCCAGCAGGUUCCGCUGCCGGCAGUGCAGCGCUGCCUACGACACCCUGGUCGAGCUGACCGUCCACAUGAACGAAACCGGCCACUACCAAGACGACAACCGCAAAAAGGACAAGCUCAGACCCACGAGCUACUCCAAGCCCCGAAAGAGGGCUUUCCAGGACAUGGACAAGGAGGAUGCUCAAAAGGUCCUGAAAUGCAUGUUUUGCGGUGAUUCCUUUGAUUCCCUCCAGGAUUUGAGUGUCCACAUGAUCAAAACAAAACAUUACCAAAAAGUGCCUUUGAAGGAGCCAGUCCCAACCAUUUCAUCAAAAAUGGUCACUCCCGCCAAGAAACGCGUCUUCGACGUCAAUCGGCCGUGCUCCCCGGACUCGACCACUGGGUCGUUUGCAGACUCGUUUCCGCCCCAGAAGAACACCAGCCUCCAACUGUCUUGCAACAACCGCUAUGGCUACCAGAAUGGUGCCAGCUACACCUGGCAGUUCGAGGCCUGCAAGUCCCAGAUCUUGAAGUGCAUGGAGUGUGGGAGCUCCCACGACACUCUGCAGCAGCUCACCACCCACAUGAUGGUCACUGGUCACUUUCUCAAGGUCACCAGCUCCGCCUCCAAGAAAGGCAAGCAGCUGGUGCUGGACCCACUGGCCGUGGAGAAGAUGCAGUCGUUGUCAGAUGCCCCAAACAGUGAUGCCCUGGCUCCCAAGCCAUCAAGUAACUCCGCCUGUGACGGCGCAGCCUCCUCGACGGAGCUGAAGGACAGCAAAAAGGAAAAACCAGAGGAGAUCAACAAGGAUGAGAAGGUCAUGAAAAGCGCGGACUAUGAAGACCCUCUCCAAAAGCCACUAGAUCCUACGAUAAAGUACCAGUAUCUGAGGGAGGAGGACUUGGAAGAUGGCUCGAAGGGCGGAGGGGACAUUUUGAAGUCUUUGGAAAAUACCGUUACCACUGCCAUCAAUAAAGCCCAGAACGGGGCUCCUAGCUGGAGCGCGUACCCCAGCAUCCACGCAGCCUACCAGCUCUCGGAGGGCACCAAGCCUUCCUUGCCUAUGGGCUCCCAGGUCCUGCAGAUCCGACCCAACCUCAGCAACAAGCUGAGGCCGAUCGCACCCAAGUGGAAAGCGAUGCCGCUGGUGUCCAUGCCUGCACACCUGGCCCCCUACACGCAAGUGAAGAAGGAGCCGACAGACAAAGAGGAAGCGGUGAGGGAGUGUGGGAAAGAGAGUCCCCGCGAGGAGGCGUCCUCGUUCAGCCACAGCGAGGGGCACGCUUUCUCCAAAAGCGAACCACCUGCGGAGUCCAAAAAGGCUGAGCCGCGUCCCCCAAAGGAGGAGGACAAGCUGAUGGGACAGGGCGGAGAGAAAGAGAAAGGCCCGGCUUUGGAGCCGGCGUCUCCUCUCAGCAACGGCUGCGCCCUCGCCAACCCUGCAGCGGCCCUGCCGGGCAUCAACCCGCUCAGCGCCCUGCAGUCUGUCCUGAAUAAUCACCUGGGCAAAGCCACGGAGCCCUUGCGUGCGCCCUCCUGCUCCAGCCCAAGCUCAAGCACAAUGUCCAUGUUUCACAAGCCGAGCCUCAGCGUCAUGGACAAGCCAGUCCUGAGUCCCCCCUCCACGAGGCCGGCCAGCGUGUCCAGACGCUAUCUGUUCGAGAACAACGAUCAGCCCAUCGACCUGACCAAGUCCAAGAGCAAGAAGGCCGAGUCCUCGCAAGCUCAGUCGUGCACGUCCCCGCCCCAGAAGCACGCCCUCUCCGACAUCGCCGACAUGGUCAAGGUCCUCCCCAAGGCCACCACCCCGAAGCCCGCCACCUCCCCCAGGGUCCCUCCCGUAAAGCUGGAGAUGGAUGUCAGGCGCUUCGAGGACUUGUCCAGUGAGGUCUCCACCUUGCAUAAGAGGAAAGGCCGGCAGUCCAACUGGAACCCCCAGCAUCUUCUGAUACUGCAGGCUCAGUUUGCCUCCAGCCUCUUCCAGACCUCAGAGGGCAAAUACCUGCUGUCCGACCUGGGCCCCCAAGAGCGGAUGCAGAUCUCGAAGUUUACGGGACUCUCGAUGACCACCAUCAGCCACUGGCUCGCCAACGUCAAGUACCAGCUUAGGAAAACGGGCGGGACCAAGUUCCUAAAAAACAUGGACAAAGGACACCCUAUCUUUUACUGCAGUGACUGUGCCUCCCAGUUCAGAACCCCGUCUACCUACAUCAGUCACUUAGAGUCCCACCUGGGUUUCCAAAUGAAGGACAUGACCCGCCUGGCCGUGGAGCAGCAAGGCAAAGCGGAGCAGGAGCUCUCCCGGGUGUCGUCGGCUCAGCGGUCACCAGAAAGCAUAGCUGGCGAAGAGGACACAGACUCUAAAUUCAAGUGACAAAUGCCUUAGUUCCAACUCUCCAGCCUGGAUUUCCUUCACACCGGGCCUUGCCCUGCACCACCCCGCUCUCCUGACAGCGAUUCCUCUCGACACCCUGCUCUAAGAAGACUGCCAAAAAAAAAUCACCCCGGCCGUUUCUCUUCAUCCGCACUAACAAUUUGGUAAUGAAGUAUUGAUUUCCACUUCUCUGCUUAUGGACAAUAUUAGAUUUUCAUUGAUAAACUGCAGCGGGGCUGCCUCGUCUCCAUGGUCCCCUUUCCGCUGUCACAAGAAAACAAAGUGCCGCUGAAGAAAAAGAAGGACUGAGAACACUGACGUGCUUAUUUUGUCAGUUUGUACCACUUGACAGGAAAGGGCGGGGGAGGACGAGUCUUCAGAGUUUGCUGUCCAAGUGGGCUGCCCUUAAUGUAGACGCUUGGAAGCCUAUUUUCCAUGGUAAUGUCCAUUUCCUAUUUAUAACCCCUCUGGGAACGUUUGUCUAAAGGAAAUGUUUCUGUUCAGUGCAACAAUUACAGUUGCACCUGGAUUGCCCAGUCCUGCCCUUGCACUUGGGAGCCAUUAAUCACCACAAAGUGGAAGAAUUAUUAAGUUAAACCAGAGUUUGAGCCAAGAAAACCUCUGAACAAUGUUCAUCUUCUGGGAAAGUUGUUCACAUAGUCAGGCUUAACCGUGUUGCUGCCAGUGACUUUUUCCCAUGCGGUAGUGGGCAUCUUUUUCAUCACUAUCUUUAUUGGCUAAAAAGCAUAUAGUUUUGAGCAUGUACCACUUCGUAUGAGAUCUGCAAAUCGGGACAAUUGGGGGAAUUGGGGGAAUGCAGAAUCAGAAAAAAAUAAGAAGAUGAGAUCACUGCAGGGUAGAAAGUUCAGCAGCAGCCUUCUGUGGUAAUUUUUUUCUCCAGGAUCUGUUGUUUACGGGCUUGGAAACACAGCUCAGCUGCAGAAGCAACAGAAAGCAUGAAAUAGGGUGUCCAUCUUAAAUGUGUUCCUGCAACUUUUUUCAUUAAAACUUUGAGUUCCCAAUUUUAAUUUGUGGAAUAUUCCCGUUAAUAAUGAGAUCUAAUUAAGACAUCCAUUAAAAGCCCGUUAAAGUUAAUUUAACGUAAAAAUUCCAAUAGAACUGUAUUAGAUUUUCUCCAUUAAAUUAACGUUAUGGAUUUUUAACGGAUGUCUUAAUUAUACAUUAUUAUUAACGGGAAUACUGUAUUACACAGAUUAAAAUCAGGUCCUAAGUCAACUUGGAAAAGCUAAGAGCAUGCUUUACUGUUAAAACCUUUGUAUAUCUAGUGCACUGUUUGGAAAUGCAGAGAUAGAUCUGUUUAGUUGUGCAUUUUCGACACAACUGAAAGCAACCUAUAAUAGAUAAAUCUGUUAUUGCAUUUAAACAAUGAAUUUCCUCAUUCUCUAAGGACAAAUAAGUCUAGAUUGUGUUGUAAACUGCCACUCAGCUAUAGGUGAAAUAUUUAAACUAUUCUAGGCAGAGCACUAGGAACCAAGUGAUUCUGAAACAAAAGAGUCACUUUUGUGGUGCUUUAAUUAUCAAGGAAAUCUCUGUCAAAUCUUUUAACACCAACAAAAUGAAGCCCAAUAUCUCCAGAUAUAUCCUCUGCGCCAUUUCUCAUGGCACUUGCCUGUUGGAAUUGUUUUGGGAAUUUUGACAUGAUCCCUACAUUCAACAUUGGGAUUUAAAAAAAAAAAAAAAAAAACUUCUUAUUUACCUCCUAGAGAAAGUGUUGCCCUUAUGCCACAUAUAAUAGCAAAUUGCUUUUUUUAUGGCAUGCAUAACCUAGAUGGGAAAAAAUAUGGCGCUUCGGGGAAGGAGGGAAAAAGUAAAUGAAGUUCCAGGAAUGUCAUUCUGAAGUAAUGAGGCAUGGACAGAAAAUAUACCCCUCACAUCAUCGGAUUGAGAUGGCAGUCGAAAUAGCUUCAUUGAAGUGUCAGCACUCAUCCGUCAAUCAAUCACCCACAAGGAAAAAUAGCAACAGUACAACGGGGCGGCUUUUAUGGGAUUUACUCAUGGGCAUAGGGAAUAGCGGCUCAAAUGCAGUUCUGACAUGAAAAGCAAGGUGCUGAUAUUAUUUUUUAUGAUGGGAGGAUCAUAAAGUGAAUUGAGAACAGCGAGGUCUGUCUUUGCUUAACCUAUUCAACCAGAAACGAAUGGCGCUCAGCUGGAAAGGAACAGUCUUCGGAUGGGUUAAGAUUGAAGGGUGGACUCUACUGAGCACUGUCCUUCGACAAAAAAAUUCUAUUAAAGGGAAAUCAAUGCAUUAGCACUGGGGUUCUUGAAGCUGUUAAAAAUUGCCUGCUCCAACCCAGGGUUAUUAGAUAAACUGAUAUAAUUCAGAUUCUGUCUAAACCGUCCCAAAGCAGAUUCUUGAGCUCUUUCUCCAACUUGGGGAAAACAAUGCGAUUCUCAGCUCCAUGGAAAUUGUUUCCCUUCUAAGAAAGAAAUAAAUCAUCUGCUUCAACACAUCAUCUAUACAGUUUUGUUAGCGCAAUUUCUGUGGAGGGGUGGGUGGGAGGCAAGAGACAAAAAUAUUUAUAAAUUUGGUAAGACUCAUGAGUUGUUGCUUGGUAACCAUAAAUGUCACUGCUGAGGGACAGCUGCCAAUGCUCUCCUUAGGAAACAAGAUCUGGGCUCUUUUUGUGAGAUCCACACAGAGCUCAGUAUAUUCCUAGAGACCAGACCUGUCUUCAUUUGGCAAGCUCUGGAAAGCUUCUAGAAACUUCCUUCUGGAGGGGAAAAAAACAACAAGAACUCAGGAGAAUGUUUUUAUCUGCUUUCAUACCAUUCUCUUCCUCUCUCUGUAAGUAAAUAAAGUGCUGACAAACUGGAACAUUCGAUGGACAGAAAAAUGAUGGGCAAAUAUCAUGCAAAGUACACCUAAGGAUCUCCAUUCUGUCCCCAGCCCUUGGUAUCAGUGAGGGCAAGAGGCCACUGUUCCUUCCCUUCCCUUCCUCUAGCUAAGACCACCCACAGGCUGUAAACCGAAACGUCUACUGAAAAAGUCACUUAUAUGACUACUUCAGUUUUAGGCAUUUGGCCCCAUUUUGCAGUUCAACAAAUUCACCAAACGUACAGCAUGUAACAAGACACCGGGAGCAGAAGACGGAAGAGGCAACGCCGUUUAUUUAGCAAAUUGACUAACAAAUGUUAGCAGGCGUCUGCUGGGACUUCCCUGAGAGUCCAGUAGUUAAGACUCUGUGCUCCCAACUCGGGUUUGGUCCCUAGUCAGGGAAUUAAGAACGAGUAUGCUGGAUGGUGCAGCUAAAAAAAAUUUUUAAUGAUAUUAUCAGGCAUUUAUUGUACGCACAACACUGUCCUAGGUGCUACGGGAUACAAGGUGAACAAUUCCCACAACAUUCUGGUCCUCCGGUGUUUACAGCAGCGCCUAAAGGUGGUUAACACCAGAUACCUGGAUGAGGAGCUAAAUUAGGGUCCAACCCCCCUCACGCUAUUUGCAUUUUAUACCUGUUUUUCAAAAAUAAUAAUCUUUCCAAAUAGGAAAUUCGCCUUCUGAGAAGUAUACAGAGAGGAAAUAGUUUAAAAAUAGGUCAUGGCCUAAGAGCAGACUAUAAUCAUAGAAUAAAUUGAAUAGUCCAGACAGUCCCCACAGAAUUUAAGGUCAUAACUAGAUUUCUUAAACCUCACCCCCAAAAUGUGCCUGCUCGGUGGUUGGAGUCUUUCAUAAUUAAUGUCACAGACACGAGCCACUGAAUUGAGUGGAAGUGCUGAGAACAAACAAAUGAAAUGACAUUUUGGGGAGGCGUUUGGAUGACUCUGACUAAACAGUGAGGAGGUGUGUGUGAGUGUGCGUGCACAUGUGUGUGUCCAUGAAUAUCUUUUACUUUCACUGCGAUUUUCCAGGGCCUAUGGCCAGGGCCACAGUAAGACUCUACAGGUUUCUGAAACUUCUCACAGUAAAUCCAAAGAUUCCUGCGUCUUUCCCAUCUGUCAUUCCCUAGGUUACGUGACUGCUUUCAAAUCUUUUUCACCGGGUUUCAUUUUCCAAGUUUGUGAAAUAUUUUUUGUUUAAAAAAAAUACAUAAAAAAUGUCACUUUCACAUUAUCUUCUGUUCUCUGCAACAAGAAUCGAAGCGUGCUGAUGAAUGCUGAAAUAAUAAUAAUAAGGAAAUAUAUUGAAGGCUUCAAACACACAAAUAUACACAUAUAGUUCUAAAGAACAAAAAAGUGGUAUCUAUUUUGAACAUGCAUUUGGCAAAAAAAAAAAAAAAUCACAAGUGAACUUUCCGUUUAUUUUUUCCCCCUGUUAGAUGUUAAAAUGCUAAUUUCAUUUUCUCCCUUCCUAUAUGUGGCACUUUCUCAAAAUAUCCACAAAACACUUUUAGACAAAGACUGAGCAGGAGAAAGAGACCCAGAUCUCCAUCCCCACAGACAGAGAGACAUGUUUCCAUUGUAGGGGAGCAUUAAACAUUUUGAAACUUGUGAAUCAUCUUUAGAAUUUCUAUGGGGGAAUUUUACCUCUUCAUCCAAAGUAAAAGCCACUUAUCUCCUUUGGUUUCCUGUGACAGAUUCAGAAGCAGACGCAGACACACAAUUUCCAGGCUCUGGUUAAUCUUCUUCCAAUCCUCCACGAACAAUGGGCUAACAGGCGUGGGUGUUUCUCCAAAAUUAUUCAUGCAUAAGGCGGCCCAAAGCUUCAGGGAAAACUAGAAAUGUUUUAUGGAUUAGAAGAGGACUGUUUUAAAAUGCUAGUACCAGGUGGAACGUUAUUUCUGCAACAGAACUUUGUCCAUUUCCAUUGGAAAAAUAUAUUCCAAGUAAAAUGGCUCCUGCAAGUAAAGGCACCCUGAUCUGAUGCUUCUCAGCAUACAAAUGGUUUCACCAUUAGCCAUAGGAUGGUCAUUAAGGCCUUUUUAAAAAAAGCAACCUGAUUGAAGAAAAAAAAAAAAUUAAAUACUCACAGCCCUUCUACAAUGUUUAUUUGCUUAAGACUGCUUUUGGAAGUACAAAUAAUAACUCUUCUGUGAGAACCCCAGGAGAAGCUGAAAAAUUCUAACAAAUGGAUUACUUUAAAAAUAUUUUUUUAAAUAGAAAAUCCUACCACUCCCUUCAACCCCUCCAGAAAAUGAAUUUCAAUGCAUUUACUUAAUCUUGGACCUGAAACCUACAUUUGUAUCUUAGUCCCCAGGCAAAGGCUUAUAUUUACAGAACUUGAGCAAUCAUACGAUUGUAUCUCAAAUAUGAAGACUUUCUACAGCAAUGUAUUCACUUUCUAAAUGACCCAGGUAACAUUCAGGAACUAUAAAUGUGUAUGUAUAUCUUGUUUUAAAUACACUAAGCUCAACCAAUCUGCGGAGAAGAUGUAAAAACUAUUUUCAUUCUGCAUGGAGAUCAACGCAACAGAAACAUUCCAGUUUUGCAGUAUAAUGUUUUGGCUUAUAAUACAUCAGAUGCUAGAAUGUGCACUCAAGUCAGAAAAAGCUGACAUACGCCACCAUCCUUGUUUGGCUCAGGACUCUUAAGUGUCAUAAUAUCAGGGGAUACAACCUACUUCUUGGUCUCUGAUAUGCUGUUGUCUUCCUAAUCCCUUCUGACUUUGACUCCUAACAGCCGGGCGCCAUCGGCAUAAAUCAGAAACUUCCAAACACCUUAAAAAUCAAGAGGGUAGUUGAUCAUACACAACCUUCGUACUGGUCAACCAGUUCUUACUCUGCAGAGCGCGCGUAGGUUUUUAAGAAAUCUGGCAUCAACCACGUUUGUGUUAUGUAUUUAUCCCCUCAUGUUACUUCGAGACGUUUUUUCCUUUUGGAAUUGGCAGUAGGGGAGGUAGGGCAUAGUGAGUUGGGAGAAUUCAACCUUGCUAUGAAGGAAAGUGUUUGCCAGCGAAGAAAGGCAAACAUGUUUUUAUAUUAGGAAAACAGACUAGUCAUUUUCAAAGAAAAAUGACGGCAAGCAUACCUGUAGAAUGCUCCAUGCAAGCGCACUAAUUUUCUAUAACCUGCAUGCUGUAUAUACCACUUUUGCCUGUAUACUAGGAGGAAAGUCCAGGCUGUUUCCCUCGUGUAAAAUGCAGCUCGGGUGGCUGAGAACAGCAGCCUUCCGCACAUUUUUAUACUGUACAUAUUUGUAUAUACUAACUAUAUCGCCAUGUAUGAACACAGAUUUUGUUAUAUUUGCUUGUUUCUGUUUCCUACCAAACUGGCCCACAAUGGGGAUUCUUUUGUACAGAAAAAAAAAAUUAUGCUUGUAAUGUUUUUUCCUGAUCAUUUUCUUUCAAUAGCUUACGAAAGAAUUAGAUCUGAGUUUACAAAGAAACGAUUAAGAACCAAGUUUGUCUGUCUGCAUGAGUCCAUCCAGUUGCUGGAUUUAAGGAGGAAUCAACAUCCUAAUUCAGGGUUUUCCUUUAAAGGCAUGCUUUACCCCUUGGGAAAACUGCAAACUCAUCCAUGUAAGAAUUAUCCUCUCUGUAUUUUAUCUAAUAGUGCCUGAACAUUUUUUUAAUGUCUUCUUAGAGGAAGAAUUCAUAAUUGUCAAAAUUUGAAACAUUAGCUUAAUUUUGUUUUUAUGACCUCGCAAUUCUUUUCCUUAUUUAUUCGGUUGCUGUUGUAAUGGGGCCCCAGGCCAUUCCUGACAUCGGCGUGUUCUUCUUCUGCAUUAAGGAUGUUUUUAAAAUUACAGAAAUUAUUGAGCCAACAGGCUGUUUUAAUCAAAACCAUGUUUCACUUGUUUUUUGAUGAUUAUAAAUUGUCCUUGCAAUGAAAAAAAAAUUUUUUUUCUGCUAGGAAAAUUAUACCACCCUGUGGCCAAACAGAUUCAUCACAGAGAGGCAUCCAAGCCUUCGUCUCUGGGAUCUGGAAAGUUCUUUCCCUGGCUGACCACGCUUUCCUUUGCUCCUGAUCAUCCCAAAUGCUAGUGCUCAAUGCAGUCACUAUUCGCAAUUUUCCAAAGGCUCAGCUGCAUUGUCACUGCCUAAAGACACACCGUCCCCCCAGAAAUGAUGGCUUUCCAGCUUGGGAAAAAAAAAAAAAAAACACAGGGAUUUUCAGGAAAGGUGCUCCUCCUUUUGUCCCCAGGUGCCAGCCUCCUGUCCUUCCUCCUAAUUCUAAACAAUUUGGUCUCGAUACCCCAUAUAACUCAGAUCAGCCAAAAGAAACACCUGGAGCAGCCCCCGGCUGAAUAAAAAUGACUUGGUUUGGGCACACUCGAGAUGUAUGUGUGUGAUGCUCUAGCAAUGAAAUAAUCUCUAAGAGGAGAGGGGUUUUUUUAAAAAGUACAAUUUUACCACUAGAAAUAUCUUCUGAUGGUGGAGGUGAAAAUUACAUCAAAGAAGCCAUUACUUUUUACCUCUAAAGAGUUUUUUUUAAAGGAAAAAUCAUUCCACUUUGAGAACUGUAAUUAAAGCCCUAUAUAAUAGAUACUACUUCUUUUAGCUAUUGUGAAAAAGUAACAACACCCUCACCAAGGUUUAAACGGAGCCCCUCAUUUCCAUCAAAAAGGUUUCUAUACCUGUGUUAUUUACAUUCUUAAGCAUGAUAACUCUUUCCUUUGUGUCCAAAAAAAAGGUCUUGUCUCACCCACUCAGGAGUUAUUGGAAAUAGACUGUCCCCAUCUGAAACCAUACCAUAAUUUGCAUCAGGAAGUUCAACUGCCGACAUUAAGGACCUGGGUGUGUUCAAUUAUGAUUUUGCUGGAGGCUGUCCCUCAUUUGAAUGCUGCAGACACUGAACCACCUUUUGGAAAUCGGGCUGAUACAGUAUAACCCAGACAGGCCUCCCGACACCAUUAGCUUUGCAAAUGGCUUCAUUUCCGUCAACCACGACUUCCGCUUUGGCUAAUUGAAAAACGAAAAUUAAAGGAGAGAAGAAGAAGAAAAAAAAAACACAGAUGCACUUAAAACAUGAAAAGAAUUAUUUAUAUGAUAAAAAUAUAUUUAGAUUUUCAAAGCACAAGACUGAAUAGAAGUGCUCUUUUUAUGCUUUCUGAAGAUGUUACUGUUAAAUGUCUUUCUACAUCAGGCUUAAUAAAUCUGUAAUGACAUUUGAUGGA